AUGUUCGAAAAAGUUCAGCGAGACGUAAGAUGUAUCUUCAGAUUACUUCUACAAAGAGGAAGUAUAAAUACUGGCAGUGUUAGAGGUGGAAUUGCAUGCCAGCUGGCCUCCGACCUUCAAUGUGAAGAGCUACCUGAAUGGAUAGAAAACGACCUUUUGACAGUUGAUCUGCUGCCAAGAUCACGCUUCUGCCCCAAGAAGCUACAACUGCUCACAGGUACAAACUCUCAAGCAACGCAAACCCCACCAACGACAACUUGCACGCUACUAGAUUCAAUAGGCUGCAGCCCAAGAGUCUCAUAUCUUACUCUGAAGUAUCAUAAUAUAGAGUAUGAACAGCGUGAUCCAAGCUGUUCACCAGCUCUUGAAGGACAACUUGAUCCACAGCCAAGACUUUUCCGAUCCCGUACUAGCUCAGUUUAUCCUUCUAUGCCUCGUGAUGAGGAACUACCAGUCUUCCAAGAUUUCCGACAUGACCCUUACACUGAUCUCCCUCCUCGCAACGAACCAAACGAGAAAUUUGAACCAGCAGCAGUUAUCGAUAAGGCUACGGAUAACCUAGAAGACCUGAUCGCAAAUAUACGAUUAUCAAUUAUUAAUCACGCACUUGCAUCCCAGCUAGCUAUGAAUAUAUUCCUAGCACCGUCUUUGAAGCAGUACAAUCUUGAAAGUCAUCACCAAGACUCCUACUUUCGUGGAAAGGACUAG